UCGACUCUCCAGACGAUCCACGGCUCGACCAGAACCCUCGAGACGUCUCUAGAAGCACCUGUCUCUCUCUCUGAUAUAUGCUGCUCGGUGAGUGUGUUGGAAAGACUUUCUUCGUUCCAAAUCUCCGACGCGUCUGUUUCAAAACCACAUCUCCUCUUCAUCUUCUUCCUUUUCUAGGGUUUUCUCUGUCUCCUUUUUCUCCUCUUACAGUAGAUUAGAAAUCGACCAAAAAAUGGCGAGCGAGGGACCGAAGUGGGAUGGAUUGUUGAAGUGGAGCCUCUCUCAUUCAGACGGCAGCCGUCCCUCUCGAAAUCUCAGUGAGGAGGAUCGGAAAUGGUUCAUGGAAGCCAUGCAAGCCCAAACUGUAGAUGUUGUUAAGCGGAUGAAGGAGAUCACUCUUGUUAUGCAAACUCCAGAACAAGUCUUGGAGGCUCAGGGUGUCACUUCAGCAGAUCUCGAAGAUAUGUUGGAUGAGCUACAAGAGCAUGUCGAAUCCAUUGACAUGGCAAAUGACCUCUAUUCAAUUGGUGGCUUGGUCCCUCUCCUUGGCUACCUGAAAAGCUCCCACGCCGGCAUUCGAGCGAAGGCUGCAGAGGUUGUAACCACCAUUGUGCAAAACAAUCCCCGGAGUCAGCAGCUCGUUAUGGAAGCAAACGGCCUAGAACCUCUCCUGUCUAACUUCACAUCAGAUUCUGACGUAACUGUCCGGACCAAAGCACUUGGUGCCAUAUCCUCUUUGAUUCGCCACAACAAACCGGGAAUUGCGGCAUUUCGUUUGGCAAAUGGUUAUGCUGCACUGAGGGAUGCUUUAGGUUCUAAAAAUGUUAGAUUUCAAAGGAAGGCCCUUAAUCUGAUACAAUACCUACUGCACGAAAACAAUUCGGAUUGCAGCGUUGCUGUGGAGCUUGGGUUCCCCCGCAUCAUGAUGCAUCUGGCCUCCAGUGAUGAUACAGAGGUGCGAGAAGCUGCCCUGCGGGGCCUUCUCGAGCUCACUCGAGACAAGGCAGCUGGGACCAGCAGCCUAAACAACGAAGAUGAGAAGCUGAGGCAGAUCCUUCAGGGCCGGAUCAACGAUAUCAGCUUGAUGGGCCCUGAGGAUCUCGGGGCUGCCAGGGAGGAGUGGCAGCUGGUGGACUCACUCUGGAAUGCAUGCUAUGAUGAGCCGUCUUCUCUACGGGAGAAGGGUCUUCUUGCUCUUCCUGGAGAAGAUGCGCUCCCACCUGAUGUUGCAAGCAAGAUUUUCGAACCCCCGCUGAGGGCUUUCGCCCCAAACCCAUCCUCCAGUAAAAAAUCUAGCAGUGAAAAGAAAGAGACUCCUCUGCUUCUGGGUCUGGGACCUUCACCUGGGGAAUCUCAAGCUCAAGGCAAUCCAAACGCAAGCUAGCGGAGUGCAGAAUUCUCAAGCAUGCAGCUGCUACAUUUGGCAAAGGGAAGUAGAAUGUAUCUCAGACCAUUUCAGGUAAAGGAUAUAUGAUAUAGAUGGCCUGAUUUGGAUUUCCGUUUUUUUAUGGAAAAGUGAUUUGGAUUUCCUUGUUUUUUAAACUGCCUUUGUAGGUAGUUGUAGCCCAUGUAAAAUAUUUCAGUUUUCAAAGUAUACUUUUUCGAAGAUGGCGGAUUUAUUA